CUCGGCGUCUCAAGCUGCCUGCUUGUGCCCUCACCUUCCUGCGUGUCCCGGCGUUUGAAACCCAAACAUAAGAAAAAGAGGAAGACUUCAUAGCGCGCUCAUGGGAGAACGCAGUAUUUUUUUCAUGCCUGCACGUCGCACGAUGGCUUAUAUAUGAGGAGGACAGUUUGGGAUGCGACCAUAAACAAGCGCCUCCACGGACAGAAGCGCAUGAGAAAACAUAACUCUGUCCUCCCUGACACCGAGAAGGACUCCUCCCCGCAUCGGUCGUGUCACACCCGGUAAAUCGCCGGGAAAGGAUAACAUUAUUUUUUUCACGCUGGAAACGAAAGACCGUGCCCAGCUUUCCCCAUUCAUUUCUCAGUGACUGGCUGACUGUAUGGCUUUAAAAAGUUGCCUGGAAAACAUGGACAUCUGACGUGCGCCUUACAGCGUCAUUGGACACAUUGAUUCCCCCCUCUCUCUUUUUUUCUCCAUCAUAUCUUGGGCUGGCUAAUCCCCUGCGCUUUCGGUUUGGAGUAAAGAAUAAGUGUUCAGCAGCUGUCAUUUGCCCUGAUACAGGCUACAUCCAGUAGCUCCCUGCAGGAACACGAUCACACCACAGAAGACACUGCCUGUUGUGCUGCGUAUUGGUGUCUACAUUUGCUGAUCACUGUUUGUGCAGUAGAUGGAGAGAUAUUUUGUCACCUUGAUACGGAUUUGUUAGAGUUGACAACCUUCACCAAAUAAAGCUCAUGAUUCAUCUGAACUUUCUCUCUGCGUCAGCGAGAAACGCGUUGCUUUUGUAACUUCACAUUUCCUUCUACCCGAAGAAGUGUCAUCCGAACUGUCAUUAAUGGUUUUUCCUUCGUUUUCUAUGUUGUGCGCAUUUGUAUUUGUUUAGUAUUCACAAACUGCGCCAGAAACACGCGGACACGUGUGAAUGAGACUCAUCACCUGUCCCGGUUGAAACGCCCGUGCAACUUGACUGACUAACCUACGCUGAAGAGGAAUACGUGCCGAAGUUUGCUGUAGUGAUGCUGCAAUUGGAAAUGGUUGUCUUCGUCUGCUUGGUGCUGUUGAUGUGUGUAUUUAGCCAGGAGCCAAGCUCCAAAGUGGUGGCCGACCGCUACGCUGUCUUCUGGAACCGAACCAACACCAAGUUCCACCGUGGGGAUUACCACAUCGAUGUGUGCAUAAACGACUACCUUGACGUCUACUGUCCUCACUAUGAAGACACAGUGCCUGAGGAACGGACAGAGCGCUACGUCCUCUACAUGGUCAACUAUGAUGGCUAUAGCACGUGUGACCACACCUCCAAAGGCUUUAAACGCUGGGAAUGCAACAGGCCGCACUCUCCGAACGGGCCACUUAAGUUUUCAGAGAAGUUCCAGCUCUUCACUCCCUUCUCCUUGGGCUUUGAGUUCAGACCGGGCAGAGAAUACUAUUACAUCUCCUCCACUGUUGCUGAAAAUGGGAAAAAAACCUGCUUGAAGCUCAAAGUUUUCGUCCGACCAGCAAACAGCUGUGUGAAAACUAUAGGUGUACAUGACCGCGUUUUUGAUGUAAACGACAAAGUAGACAAUACAUUAGAACCACGAGACGAUACCAGCCAUGAACCGGCUGAGCCUUCACGAAGUGAAACAAAUGAUGUGCCACGCCUCCAGAAAACAAGUCCGCUUCUGGCUUCGAUGCUGAUCUGCUUAGCAGCACUCUCCACUUUAUAGCGCCUCCCUCUGUCCCGGAGGUCAUUUACACCUAGCGUGGCCUGAACCUGCCCAAGGCUGCAGGGUAGGGGGUGGGAUUUGGGUGGAUUGCAUUUGCUUGUUUGGGCAUAAAAGCAGGCUUCUCAAGGAACCCUCUAUUUUUUUCAGAAAAAAAAAUAUUUAAGUGGUCUUUCUCCGUCUGUGAGUGAAAAAAAAAAAAAGUUGAUGUUAGAAGCGGGAGAAACAGUUCCCCCCCUUAAACCUUCAACUAAGAUGCCAAAUCCUGUUUGACACAUAGUGAUUCUUACUUUCCCGUGACUUUUGACAUCCCUUUACAUUAUGUUUCUGUCAAUGCAACGCUGUUUAGACAUACACAUAUACACACACUUUACAUAACACACGACAUUACUGUGCCGCAGAGUCAAAUACAAAAAAUAUUGACAUCAGCAUUGAGCAGGAGUAGAGUUGUUAUACAGUAGCCAGUUUUACAUAGUAGGACAGUGAAGAUGCUAGGUCUUAGAAAUGACUGUACAUACGCAAACAAAUAAUCCUGAGACCUCUCAAGGAGCCUUUCAGAAUAUAUUUUGAUUGUUCUGUUGGGUCAUUAAGAGAAAAAAAAAAAGAUUUUUGCAUCUCCGUUCGUCUAGAGUUUUUUUCAAUUAAGUAAGAAAAGCUAAGAGUUAAAGACGUAAGAAAAGAAGUGUGAAGUUUCAAGCAGAAGCAAGACGAUAAACCUGAGCACUGAAAAUUAAAUGCCCGGUAUGCACCUUAGCCCAACAGGUCUUCAGACUAUGUUGGUUCAAAGACGGUCUGAAGAUUAUUUGUCAUUCAAUCUCAGAUUUCCCUUGAAAAUAGAGUGUUUGUAUAUUUUGGAUAAGCUACUUAAAAGGUUUAGCGAAUCUUUGAGUUAAUAAAGGUAAAAACCAUGAAAGUCUGCUCAACAAAGCAUUGCUCUGGCUAACAAAGCAACUAAAUUGAAACUUUCUCACCAGACAUUUUUUUUUUGUUUCGGCGGAUAUCAGGAUCAAAAAUCAAUACCUUCUCAAAGUUGAUCGUGCAAUUUCACAGCAGCGGUCACAGUCAUUUUAUACAAUGUUUACUGAGCUAGGCAGCAAUUUGUUCUCUCUAUUCAGUCUGAGAAUUAGUCAAUAUUAACACUCCCAUAAACAUUUGCAUCCACAGCCCCCCCACCUCUCUAUUGACUGUUAAAAGAAUUGUUUGAAAAUGAUUUGCAGCUUUAUUUUUUACAUCUCUAUAAUAAUACAGGUUCUAAAACUGUAGGACUUUUGUACUGUGUGACAUCAAGCUAAAUAAGAAAUAUGAAAGAAAUCGUGGGAAACUGUUUGAAAAGACAUUUCCAUUAUUAGUGCCAUACUUUUCCUUGGAUCCCUGUCCCAUAAGUGUAACCACAGCCUUGACUCAUACAGUAGAUUUACGUAAAAGUGAGAUUUUUUUUUAGAGCCAGCUCGUUGCAUUAGCUAAUGCAUAGCUUGUGUUUGCCGUGUGAAUAACAACAACAAAAUCCAUUAAAUUCUAGGCAAUGCACUGCUUUAUUUAGUCUGGCCAGGUUUGUGUUAGCACUUAAAUUUAAAGGAAUUCGCUGUGACAUAAUGAUAUUCAGCUUCCUUCAACUCCCGCUGAUGCACAUGGUGAGUUAGCAUAAAAAGCUUUUAUGUUUUUUUUUUUCCUUUUUCUUUUCAGAUUGACUUAUUUCUUAGUUUUAAAAGAAGUCUGAACACACAGAAAACGUGCGGCAACUGACUUCCCUUCAGAGCCGGGUUCUUGCACGAGAAACAGGGCACCAAUUGGUCUUGAAAUAUGGAUUCAGAAAUGUAGAAAAAUAGCAAGAAAAGGAGCAAAGGAGCAAUUGCAUGUCCACCUUCAGCUUCUUGUGUUACUGGCUUAAGUGACUCUUUAAUGAGGUUCAAAAUGACAGGCAUGUGGACCCCAUGUUGUGGCAAGGGGAGUUAUUUCUGGUAUUAAAAAUAGAUGCUGGAAGGCCUGGGGGGUCUCGGGGGGAGGUAGAUUUCCGCCGUGGGGGGUUUUAAAGCACCAAUGACCUUGCAGUUUGAGAGAAUUGGUGAGUGAAGGAGACAGAAAGAAUUAAAGUGAGAGAAACACACACACACACACAGAUGGAAAGACAUGAGAAGUAGCUGAAGGUAGUGUGACUAGAGUGCCUAAAAAGUAAAAAAUAAAAAUCCAAACAAAGUGACAAAAAAUAAAAGAAUCCAUUCAACACUACUGGAACAAACACCUUCUCUGACAAACGUACGUUCAGUAACAUUCAGUCUCAAAGGCACAUGGUAAUGGUUUUGCUUUGUGGCUGCCUUUUUCUGUCUUUAUUACUAGAAAGACUGCCUUUGCCUUUUGCCAUUAGUUUUUUGGGGGGAUUUUGGUAACAAUGCUAUUACAGUGGAAUAGCAGCUCGGCUGUGAGGGGUGACAGGAGACAUGCCAUUUAAUGAGGUACUAAUUUUCAGGAUAACACCACAGGGAAUGAGCACUGCAUAUGAUUCGAAAUGGAUGCUUGCGAGCAGAUUAACAAUAGACUUUUAUCGGAAACCAGCUUCAAUUGUACUCUUAUUAAUUACUUAAUUACCAAUGGUAUUUGUCAUUAUUGCUAUCAUUGUCAUGAUUUAUUCUGUACACACCUUAACCUGGGAAAUGAGGAUCAACUUAUAUACUGGAUACUGUGUAUCCUGAGGUAGUCAACCAUAAAACAUGUAGUGUUAGGUUAGUAUCCGUUUUGUACCUUUCUGGAGGACAAAAGAAAAAAAUGAGAUACAUCAUUGUUAAAUCUGUAUAAUUAUUAUUGUUAUGAUGAUGAUGAUUAUGACUAUUAUUAUUAGGAAAACUUCUUGAUGUAAAUAGUGUUUGAUAUUAAAGUAUUAAUUUGGUUCUUAUGUCUUUUCUAAAAAACAAACAAACAAACAAACAAAUACCAUAUUAUCUCGGGGUUUUGCGGAGUGUGUACUGUCUUCAAACGAUGCAUUGUGUGUUUUGAUACUCAAUGCCUAAUGACACUUUGAGCUAAUACACAGUGGAAACCUGUGGGCGCUGAACACGUAUCGGUGAACAGCAGGCUGGACUUUAGCCAACAGGAGGCUCAUCUCUUACAUGUUUCAAACCAGUCACCAACCACCACGUCUUCAUGUCAGGAUCCUGCCUUGAUAAGAAACAUUUGGGACUUAAUGGGUGGCCUAUUUGUACUUUUCUUUUGCCUUCAGUGUUUGAAAGCAUGUUGGUCAGCUCAAAAAUCAGCCAUAACUGGACUGUUGGCUUUUUAAAAAGAAGGAUCUCACCAGUUUCAUUAUGUGGCAUGCGCAUGAACUUGAUGACAUGUUUAAAAAAAAAAUCAUUUGGAAAAAAAAAAAG